UGUUAAAUCUCUAUAAGGAACGAUUUUUAACUUCCAAUUUAAAAAAUAAAUGAAUAAUUAUAUAGCAAAGCGUUAAUUUAGAACUGUCUGUGAGAAAAUCUUGUGGAAGAUUACGGUUGAGCACCCCUAGUUACGUAAUGGGUUAGCUUAUCAUUACUGUACAGCGGAAGGAGGAGGACGUCAAUAUACAACAUCGUAUUUAUUAUCCCAACAGGAGAAAUACAUACUAUGUGGUUACCGAGCUAACUACCAAGUUAAAAAUCCACGACACAAUGCAAGCAUAGAUGACAACCCACCCCUCUAAACAGACCAACCACUUCAACUUUAAACAAUUCUCUCAUCCAACAUCCCAGUCGUCUCUUCAAUGCCUAACAGUGGGGAUAGUUCAGGACCUAAUGUAUCUGGGAGUCAGCCAGGCGACCAGGCUACGCCCUUGUCCCAGCGACCCCCACCCCCUGACAGAGAGGAUGACCAACGCGGCCUGCUGACCACUCACACCCGGGACUCCCUGAGGACCCGGAGAGCCUCCAGCGCUGAGCUCCAGCUCCCAUGGACCUGUCCUGUCACUCACUCCAGAGAGAAGUUCUACACGGUCUGCUCAGACUACGCCCUCCUCAACCAGGCUACCUCUCUCUACCGGCUCCCCAGUACCCCCAGAGAGGUGGCCCACAGCAAGCAGGAUGGCAGCGGGGCCCCAUUAGUGAAGUCCAAUACUGUGGACCUGUCUCAGGGUCAGGGGCAGCAUGCAGGUGUAGAGGAGGCAUCAGACGAAGACUUUGAUAUGGAGGGGGUGUCCUGCAGCAACACCAAGCCUAUCCUGGCUUGGGAGAUUGAUACCACUAACUUUGACGCUGUGCUAACUCGAAAGCCCAGGACAAGCAACGUAAAGAGGGUCGGUACUAAGAAGAUGAAGCCUUCAGGGGCCAGUAGGAACCUGCAGGACAUUCCUCUCCACGCCUCGCAGGACGAGAUCAAACAGAGAAAAGUCCUGGACCUCAGGAGAUGGUACUGCAUCAGCCGCCCCCAGUACAAGACGUCAUGUGGGAUAUCUUCAUUAGUUUCCUGCUGGAACUUUCUGUACAGCACACUAGGAGCAGGGAGUCUCCCACCCAUGUCCCAGGAAGGGGCUCUUCAGAUCCUAGGCUUCCAGCCUCCUUUUGAGGAGAUCAAGUUUGGUCCCUUUACAGGCAAUGCUACUCUGAUGAGAUGGUUCAGGCAAAUAAAUGACAACUUCCGUGUCCGAGGAUGUUCCUAUAUUCUGUACAAACCCCACGGGAAACACAAGACGGCAGGAGAGACUGCUGACGGGGCGUUGUUGAAGUUGACCCAGGGGUUAAGAGAUGACACCAUGGCCUACAUUUACCACUGUCAGAACCACUACUUCUGUCCUGUGGGCUUCGAGGCCACACCUUUCAAAGCAGCCAAGGCCUACAGGGGUACAUUACCAACUAAUGAAAUGGAACACUGGAUUCUGAUUGGUGAACCAAGCAGGAAACACCCUGCUAUUCACUGUAAAAAGUGGGCUGAUAUUGUUACAGAUCUCAACACACAAAAUCCAGAAUACCUUGAUAUUCGUCACACGGAGAGGGGAAUUCAGUGCCGCAAAACCAAAAAGGUGGGAGGGAAUCUUCACUGCAUCAUGGCCUUUCAGAGGGUCAACUGGCAGAAGCUAGGCCCCUGGGCCCUCAACCUGGAGAACCUGAGGCAUGACCUCCACCACCAGGGGUCUGAGAGGGCCCAGGGGGGCUUAGCAGAGGUCCAGGAGGACAGGGAGAAGACCUCAGGAAAACACCAGGCUUUGGCCCGGCUAGGCCGCUCCAACAGCACAGGCAGAGCAGGCAACAGAUGGCACACAGACAGCAGAGUUGGGGACAGAUAUGCAGGGACAGACUGGCAGAGACAGGGAGUCUCAGGUGAGUCUGUUGGACUAUAGAACUCUAGAGCAACACAUUAACAAAGCUGUCACCCUGUCCGUCCCUCUGUCCACAGGUGAGUCUGUUGGACUAUAGAACUCAAGAGCAACACAUAUACAAAGCUGUCACCCUGUUGUCAGCUAUCUGCAGACUUUCUUUGGCCAUAUUAUUUGGGGAAUGACCAAAUUCAAUAAAGUUUUGUAUAAACAAGUCAUUAUUAUUUUUUUAUUUUAAGAUUAUACAAAACAACUUUUUCACAGCAUGUUUGUCAUGUUGGUCAUUUUUACUAGCUUCUGUCUGUGAUAACUUACACAUCCAAACAAAUACACUUAGUCUAAAAUAAAUACAAGUCUAAUGCCCAGAGUGAAUAUAUUUGUAUUCAUGUAUGUCAUACAGGUGUCUCAACUAAAACAUAUAUCACAGACAAGGUUAAAGAAUGGCACAAAGUAAAUACAAGUCAGUGAUUGCAUCCGUAGUAGUUUGUAUGAAUUGAAGUGGUUACAUACAAUGAAUGUUGACAGAAUGGCUGUGAGACAGACUGUUGCUGUACUCUCAGGUAAGGCCCUUGCUUCUGGAUACAUGUUGACAGAAUGGCUGUGAGACAGAGAGACUGUUGCUGUACUCUCAGGUAAGGCCCUUGCUUCUGUAUACAUUUUGACAGAAUGGCUGUGAGACAGAGAGACUGUUGCUGUACUCUCAGGUAAGGCCCUUGCUUCUGUAUACAUUUUGACAGAAUGGCUGUGAGACAGACUGUUGCUGUACUCUCAGGUAAGGACCUUGCUUCUGUAUACAUUUUGACAGAAUGGCUGUGAGACAGAGACUGUUGCUGUACUCUCAGGUAAGGCCCUUGUUUCUGGAUACAUGUUGACAGAAUGGCUGUGAGACAGAGACUGUUGCUGUACUCUCAGGUAAGGACCUUGCUUCUGGAACCCCUGAAGACAAUUUUUUUUAAAUCAACUUUAUCAAUCAGAUGGAUAGCUUAGCAAAUACAGCUAUUUGUUUUCCCCUCGCAUGUAAAGAUGCCUGAUACAGCUUGCCAGUAGCUAGUAAAGUAGCAUGAACUAGUAAGAAACCAGCUAGAAAUGACAAGUUAAUGCCUUUCACCAAAACAUGUACAGUGCAUCCGGGAAAGUAUUCAGACCUCUUGACUUUUUCCACAUUUUUGUUAGGUAACAGCCUUAUUCUAAAAUGGAUUUAAUAGUUUUUCCCCCCUUCUCAAUCAAUAUACACACAAUACCCUAUAUUGUGUGUGAUGAGGGAAAAAUAAUUUACAACAUUUUAGAAUUAAGUUGUAACGUAACAAAAUGUGGAAAAAGGGAAGGGGUCUGAAUACUUUCCGAUUGCACUGUACAUGUAUAAAAGAGGCAAUUACAUUCAAGCAGAUCAUUUGUUUUAUUCAAGGACUUCAGGCCAAGGAGUAAUAGCUAUUUGUUCGUAGAACCUGCGUCUUCACCAGAGUCUUCUGCCUCGUUCACAAAAAACUGGACUCUCGGAAGAAAAAAAAUCUAUUUGAAUGGUCGUUCACAUCGGAAUCCGAACUCGGGCAGAGCUUGAGUUUCAGAGCUCCGACCUGUAGAUCACUGACGUCAUGACGUCGUAAUAUUCCGCGUUCCCAGUUGUUUGAAACGCGGCAUUAACCAGCUACAAAAAAAGACACUUCCGGUUGUAGCUGUACUCCAGUCUAGUCACAACUAGAGAGGAAGAGGAGGAAGACAGAGAGGAACCAACUCGGCGGAAAAUAUGUCUCCGUCCAGCAGGUGGCGUUUUUUUCCUUGUUUCGCCUUCCCAGGCAAGGAGUUUUUGUAAUGGAGGUCCAUGAGAAAGUGUCGAAUUUGGUCAACAACAAAACAAUUAAUGUCUCAUUUUUGCUACGUGAGGUUUAUUUGAUCUAAUAGAAGGUUCGUAAUGCUUAAGUUGUAACGAGAGUGUACUGAUUUAAGAAAAAAACACUUUAUAUUGGUUGUUUCGAGAUGACUGCAUAUUCAUCACAUGAGGCUAGUAAGCAUAUUAUCUUACUAACUGCUUUGCUUUAUCUUGGCCAGGUCGCAGUUGUAAAUGAGAACUUGUUCUCAACUUGCCUACCUGGUUAAAUAAAGGUGAAAUCAAAAAUAAAACAUUUAAAAAAAAUCUCUAUCCUUUGAAUACAGGCGGGUGACCUCAACUACCCUCAUUGAAUAUUCAAAUAAGGAUUACAAUAAUGAGAAUAAUGAGAUGUAUCCAACAAUUCAAAGAAAGGAAAAGGCUGAAGCUAGAUUGCCCGCUAUGUUGCUUUGUGGACUUCCAUUGUUAGGGCGGAGAUAAAUGUAUCUUGUCAGUAUAUCAAUAUAUCUAUAUAUAUAUUUCUACUUUACACACUCGUCUACUGUCAAAUCUACCAUUAGCGAAGUGAACUGCUAUAGACUGACAUUCACUCUUGACUCUCAAUUGUGUGGUUGAGGAAGAUACAGACGGGGUGUAAUUUGGUUGUUAUUGUGACAUCCAACAACCUAGAGAAAGUAGCUUAGUCAGUUGACAUAGUUGGCUAGCUACGUUAGACUAAAUUGCUUGAUAUCAUUGGUUCCCCUACCGACAGAUGGUGUGUUUCCCCCACAAUGCGCUUGCCCAGGAUGUAUGAUGGUCAGAAAUAAAAAAGAGUGGAGGCAUGUUUGUUUUAUUAAUUAGAUUGUCUAUUUCUAACUAAAGUCGAACAAUAUUCAUCCUCUAUAACCACCAUGAAGGCAUCUGUGAGGAGAGGAUGGUUUCAGGGCAAUUCCAUGUUAACAGAAUGAUGCAGAUUACAGAUUUUUCACUUUUUAAAAUGUAUGCCAAACCAAAAAAUUAUCAUUGCAAAGUUAAAUCAACCAUUCAACUCUGUUCACAAGGAUGACUUUUAACAUACAUUUUAAAGUGAAACAUCUGAGUCUCAGCAGCAUUCUGUUACCAUGGAAUUUUGUCUUUCAUAUUAUUUUCCAUGGCUGGCCUCAUCCUUCCAUGUCCAACUGGGAGAUCAGUACAGUAAGUACGACACAGUUUGAGAUAAACUGAAUUAAAAUUAGGCUUGCCUGUGUGAUAACGCACUGACUGUAUCAAAUACAACAGGUGUGUUUAGUGUGAAAUCCUUACUAACGAGCUCUUCCCAACAAUGCAGUUAAACAAAAUAAAUAAUAAUAAGACAUUACUAAAAUACACAGAAAUCUAGAUA